UGAGGCUGCAGCAGAGGGAGAGAGAUAGACACACCGGAGGACUCUCACACACACUAACCUCUGCGGAGAUAUUCUUUCCACUUGCCCCGUAUUUUGAUGAGCAGUGACUACUAAUGGUGUUUUGUUUUUUUGCUCGAUUCCUCUUUUUUCAGCACUGGAUAAAGGAAUAUUUAGGAAUAAUUAGCGGCUGAUAUUGAAGAGUUCGAUAGAGGAUGACAUUUGGGCGAUUUGUUCCUCUUUAGAGACAGCUUGGGUCCGACACGGUGGACGCGCACUGCGCACAUGCCCUUCUGGAUUACCGCACUCUCUUCUGUUGAAUUUAUCAUCAUGAAAUGUGCUGGUGAAUGAGUUUUUAACCCCGCGUCCACUCGUUACAUGCCGCCGUCCCAUUUCGAGCGCCGAUCCAGAUGAGAGAUCUCCCCGGUGGACCUAAACCGCUUUUACGCAGCAAGUCCCCGGAGCGCAGCGCCGCCGACGCCAGCGGUGAUCCACACCGCACAGGAGCGGAAAAACCGUCCGUUUCCAUACCCACGUCUUGUCCUUCUCCCACUGAUCCAUCGCGCCAGGCCAAAAGGCUUCCCAUCCGGAUCAUAAAGAUGUUGACGGCGCACAGCGGCCACUUGCUGCACCCGGAGUAUCUCCAGCCCCUCACAUCCGCGCCAGUCAGCAUUGAACUGGAUGCCAAGAAGAGUCCUUUGGCUCUGCUAGCCCAAACCUGCUCUCAAAUUGGCAAACCAGACCCUUCCUCCUCUUCCAAGCUGGCCUCUCUCUCCUCAGGCAGUCUGGGAGACAAGGAAUCGUCCAGCCGAUCUUCCAAAUCUGGAGAGCAGCACCACUCCCUGGAGGACAAGUCCAGCUUCAAGCCUUACUCCAAGUCACCGGGCGACUGUCGCAAGGAUGUUCAAGUGACAAAGGGGCCUUCAGAUAAAGCAGCUUUCAGGGUGCCAAAUGGAAGCUCCAGCAGUGGCAGUGCUUCAUGUCCGUCCUUUCCUCCCCAUUCCCGGUCACCCAGCUCCAGCUCUCCUCCCCUGCACACUCAGAGCCAGUCCCACAGACAAAGCCAUUCCCCCUCCACGCAGCCCCCGCCACACUCCCAGGCCCCGCACAUGGACAACAAACCCGGGAGCUCAGAGCAGGCCAGCUCGGACAGUAACAACAACAGCGCUGGCAAAAAAGACUCAGAUUCAGCUAAGUCAGGGAUGGAUGGGGCUCAGUUAGCCAACUCCAGCCACAUACGGGCCAGCGCCAACUCCAGCAAUGCCAGCUCUGCCAGCAGCCCGCGGCCGGAGAGCAAGGCCGACCUGCAGGCCUCCUCACAGCCUGGCUUGGGCUCCGGGCACAUUGCCCCUGUCUCCCCUUUUAAACCAGGACAUUCUGUCUUCCCCAUGCCUCCUUCUUCCAUGGGCUACCACGGCUCCAUUGUGGGGGCCUAUGCUGGCUACCCCUCCCAGUUUGUUCCUGGCUUGGAUCCUACCAAGUCUAGUUUGGGGUUAGGACUUCCAGGGAAGCACCCCAGCUCCAGCCCUCUCACUGGAGCUUCACCUCCAUCCCUGAUGCAGGGUUUAUGUCGGGACCCGUACUGUCUGACUUACCCCAAUGCACCUCACCUAGGAGGAAGUAACUGCUCCACCUGCGUCCAUGAUCCCUCAAGCCUCAAGUCUGGUUUCCCCCUGGUUUACCCCUCCCACCACCUUCAUUCCCUGCACUCCAGCGCCUUGUCUUCCAGCACCACCCCAUCCCUGUCCCACCCCCUCUACACCUAUGGUUUCAUGCUCCCCAAUGAACCGCAUCCUCACGCCUGUAACUGGGUGUCUGUCGGAGGUCCCUGUGACAAGCGUUUUGCCACGUCAGAGGAGCUACUAGCCCACUUGCGUACCCACACAGCCCUGCCCGGGAUGGUGGACAGUAAGCUGUUGUCAGCCUACCCUUCAUCAGUUUCAUCAACAGCCUCCUGCCACCUCCACCUGCCCCCACCCAGCAGCCCAGGUACCCUGCCCAGCUCCUUCUCCCUCAGAGGCUCUCCUGGCUUGGGCCUGGCACGCUACCACCCCUACAGCAAAGCCCACCUGGCCGGAGCCCCAGGACUUCCAAUGCCAUCCCUCCCCUCCUCCUCAGCCUAUUACUCCCCCUAUGCCCUCUACAGUCAGAGACUGGGCGCAGCCUCGGCCCUUGGCUACCAGUGAUAUCAGAAAUAGUGUUGACACCAACGUACUGCAGGCACCAGCUUGGACUCUCCAGAGCAGCCCUGAAGAGGGAUUCUUGAGAUUGGGGUCAUCACCAGUACAGGGCAUCGUGCCGGAUGGCUUGCCUGCCAGGAAUACCACCUGUUAGCCUCAGGAUUGUGACUGGCACUCCCAAGGCAAGGGACCCUGUGACGGAUGGUCUGCAGCAUAGAACCAAUAGACUUAAGUGAAUAAAGAUGGUGGGACACAGAGCUUGAAAAUGAUGGAAUUGUGGGAUUAUUACAACAGUCUUGAUUUUGUUUUUUGUUUUGUUUUUCUCUAUAUCUGUCUCCCAGAACUGAAAGUCUGUAUUUAUUUUUCAUUCAAGCGCUUGGUAUUCAACUCUGGGGGGAAAAGUUUGCUGUCCAAAUAAAUUGUGCUGAAGUAUUCUAACUGAAAAAGAAUGAUUUAAGUAUAGUACCAUUAUGCCUAUCAUACACUCUAAAAAUAAAAAUCUUGCACCACGAUGAAGAUGGACUGUGAAGCUUUAUUCUGGGAACCUCUUUUUAUCUCCUUUCCUCUCUGCUGUUGUUUUUUUUCUUCAUCUUAUUCAGACUCUGGAGAAUUGCAUGUCCAUGAGAAUGAUCUUGAACAAUGCCAUUAUUUUUAUUUGUACAUAUGCAAAGAUGUAAUAUUUUUUCAAGCUUACUUGGGGUCAGCAAGAUGGGGGUCAUAGAUGUAAAUGGUACAAAGAUGCGAAAAGAUUACAUAAAUAAAAACAAUUAAUGAUGGCUGUGCUGUCCAACCAACAGG